UCGUGCUUGAGGGGGUGGAUCGCUCGCUCGUUCGAAUUUCGAAUUUGACGAUCGCCAAUUAUUUAUUCUUGAUACUUGUAAUUUUUUUUAAAUAUUUGAGAUAAAAAAAUUUCUACUGCGGGACAGUUGAAUUAGUAAAUUGUGAAUUGUAACGUCAGUAUUAUUGGUUGUCUGUCAACGCUCAAACGUCUCCAUCAUCGCGAAGUUUGCCAACCGUCCCCGGUAGAUUGAUAAGAACUUCCCAGUCAAAAGUUCUCGUUCACGAAGUUGUCCUAAACUUUGCCCGUCCCCAACUUUACCGAAACAAUUCUAAGAAAGCCGCAGGGACACGAGUCUAAUUAAAUUCUUGUAAACAAAAAGUAAAAAACAUCGCUUUGCGGUGCAAUCAAGUGCAAUGUUUAUACUGUGAAGCAGUGUAGUGAAAUUUUUAAAAUGGCUGCGGCCAUGAUAAAGGACCGUGGACUGCGUAAAAAAUUAAGCCAAGAAGCUAUACCAGAAAAAACACCCAAAAAGCCAUCUAAACGCAAAUCGACACCCAGUAGCUCGAAAAACGAUAAGAAAAACGAGCAAAACAACAAUAAAAGACCCAAGAUCCAGACGGGCGAUCCGAAACUUGAUUUGUUUUCGACUUACCAGCCGUGGGUCAUUCAAACUUAUGGGGACUUGGCAAAAACAAAAACAAUCACUUUAAAAAAAUACGCCAGAAUUCUCAGAACUCUCCGCGGAGAGGAGUGCAACAGUUCUGACAGUUCCAAGUUCCGGUUUUGGGUAAAAGCGAAGGGGUUUCAUGUUGGGAAGCCUCCCGGAUAUGAUGCGAAGCCGGCCGACAGCAUUGUAUGCAGAUACAGCGUCGCUGAUGCUGAAGGAUGUACUAGGGGCGCAGAAGGCCAGGAAGUAUACAGUGGCUCUCAAAAUGAUCCGCCACUUUAUAUCCCGACUCCACCUUUAAAGAAUGCGCCAAAUCAAGAACCUGUCUACAGAAAAGUAGCAAUUGUUGAAAAUUUCUUCGAUAUAAUCUAUACAGUUCAUGUGGAACUUGAAGGAAGACCGGGAAAACAUGCGGGACAAAAACGAACAUAUCGAACAAUAACGGAAACAUACGCAUUCCUUCCCCGGGAAGCUGUCACGAGAUUCCUAACAGGAUGCGCAGAAUGUGCUCGACGGCCUCGAAGUGCGUCUCCACCUCCCCUACCAACGCCUUCACCAUCUCCGACCCGACACCCCCCUUACCUUCCAUUCCUCCCCCACUGCCCACCCGACUACGCCAGAAACUGGGAAUCCGAAAUAGAUGCCGCACAAAACUAUUCCUUCGAACCGAAAUAUGACUAUACAGACCUGCAACCACUAAAAAAAGUUGACAGUCCUCGUCCUACAGACGCAGAGGACGAACCGACAUAUAUCGAGCUGACUCCAAAGAAAGCAGACUACUCCUCUACGAUAUUUGAAAGGAGUCCGUCAAUCGAGCCUUUAGAAUCAGAACCCAUACCCGCCAUUGAGAUUGAAAAAGACGACAGCUUGAUCGACGUGGAAGACGUUAGAGCUGACAGUCCCCUACAAAAAGAGGAAGAGAGUGAGAGAGAGGAAGUUAAGAAGUACAAUCCGUUAGACGUGGCUAAUUUGACAUCUAAAGAUCCGCCUAAAUCGUCUCCGCCGAGGAAGAAACUUAUGCCGUCUACUUCAGACUUUGGCAGAGUUCCAAAGCCGUGGAGGCCUGGAGGCUUGUAUUAUAGCGACGACGUCGACUACAGUGUGCCGAUUACAACGGCAUAUUUGAAGCAUAUGAAGAAUGUUGCUUAUCAAGAGCGCUUGGAUGGUGAAAAUAAGGACAACUUAACCCCAGAGCCAAUAGAUAUGAACGACGAAGAUAACUUCUCUAGUCAAGGCUACGCGAAAGAUGCUGAGAAGUUGAAAAUGAUGUUGCUAGCUUGGAAUUACAACGGUCAAACAGGCAGGAAUGGAGACUUACCAGAAACUGGUACGGACAGUAGUAUGGCUGACCUGUGGGCCUCCUACCACAGCGCGUUGGGGCUCGGAAGCAAACCGCCUAAGCCUUCCACACCUCUCACUACCGGACACUCGGUGAGUUUUAAGAGUCCAAUCCACAUUGGUUCAACACCAGUGGAGCCAGUAUCAACGCACGAUGAGACUUCAUCAUCCGACAGAACCAAGGACGAUGAUGAUGGAGGAGCAUCUGAUGAUGACAGCGAUGAUCGUGUCGAUCCCCAACAUCAUGAUCCUGAGCGGUUAAAGGCGUUUAAUAUGUUCGUUCGCCUUUUCGUCGACGAAAAUCUUGAUAGGAUAGUUCCUAUUUCAAAGCAGCCUAAAGAGAAGAUACAGGCCAUCAUAGAUUCGUGUACUAGACAGUUCCCAGAAUUUGCUGAGCGUGCCCGCAAGAGAAUCAGAACAUACUUGAAGAGUUGCAGGCGCAACAAGAAGGUUCGAGGAGAUGGACCGGCUACGGGCAAUGGCGGGAACACUCCAUCAGGCAACGCCUGGGACACAGCGGUGCGUCCGACUCCCGCGCACUUAACGUCUGUACAAGCUGAACAUAUCUUGGCGCAGGCGUGUGAGAACGAGAGCCUCAACGCGAAGCGGAUGCGGCUUGGCCUGGAUCCAGUCAGCCAGCCCAUGCCGACCGUGCCUACUCCUAUGGCCAUAGACACGACGGCGACAUCAUCAUUCCUGAACCUGUACAGCGGGGCAAUCAGCAGCCCAGCAUCCACCACGACUACGACAGCCCCAGGACACAGCAAGGCUGCAGCGGACACCACCAGGCCCUCAAACAGCCCCACCAUGGAACCACUGCUGAACAACAACAGCUUGAAGCUUGACAAUGCGAAUGGCAACACUGGCAGCAAGACUGCAAGUUAUUUAAAUUCCAGUCCAGCUUCGUCGCCAGCGCCGCUGUUUAGACCAUCUUUCCCAUCCACUUUUGGCAACCCACCGUCUUUUGGCAGACAAAGCUCAUCGACAAGCCAAUCUUCAGCGCUGUCAAAUACAGCAUUACUGUCAACCCUUACAGCUUUGCCACCAACUGGUGUCGGAGUUAACGCGGCAAUGGCUGCGUAUCAGAGCGCACUGUUAUCCGCAAUGGCUGCGCACACGCACACAUUUCCCAAUAUAACUGCUCCAACAGAUCUGUCGCUCAAGACAUCGACUACAACUCUUCAUUCCACAUCCACGCCAUCCAUAACAGGAACCAGCUCACAAAAAUCUCUAUUGUCUCACAAACUCUCUGGUUCCGAAGUCGGCGCCGUUCGGCAAUUGAUCACCGGGUACCGUGAGUCCGCAGCAUUCCUCCUCCGAUCUGCUGACGAGCUGGAAACUUUACUUUUGAACCAGCCCUAGGGAAUGUCGAAUUACCUCGGAUUUAAAUUCGGGUACUUUUAAACUUGUCAAUUUGACAGCUGACAGUUUUAUAUCCUCGAUAUUUAAAGUAUGGGAAAAAAUUCAAAACAAAGAUAUUUCGAAUACUAUUUGAAUUUUCAAAUUCGAUUUUGGAACACUUAGAAAGAUUUAACGGGAUUUGUUUGAUAGUGUUAAACGCAAGUGUCAUAAUAUCACAGAACCUCAAUUCUACGGAACUUGACAAUUUAGUUUGACAUUUGACUCAUUAAAGUAUUGUAUAAAUGUUUUCGGUGAAGUACCUCAUAAAAUAUCUCGUCCUACUCGUGACCUGAAGGUCACAAUUAAUUGUAAUAAGGAUUGCUACGCUUUUAAAAAUUUCAAUGCUACCAACCUUGCUACUAUCUAAAAGUUUAUCAAUUUGACUAUUAGGAUUACGAGUUACAAAGAGCUUGGACAAAAAUUACUUUACGUUAAGCCGCUAUGAAACGUAUAGUGGCGUUACGUGAUUCUAUAUACACUUGGCGCAAAGUAUUUUUGUCUAUGCCCUAGUCCAUCUGGCGAAGAAGUUGCCAUAAAGUGUUGCCAUUUAAAACUCGUUUCGAAGAGUACAAAAUUAUUUUGUGUAUAUUUAGAAUUAAGAAAAAAUCAGGGAGUUUUUAGCGUAAGGAAAUUUGGAUUUCUUGCCUGGUGCGUUAGUUUAGGACAAAUUGGCUGAUUACCUCCACUCAAACCUUUCGAUACAUGGCAUAGAGUAUAGCAGAGUUUACAAUUUAUGGCAUUCUAGGUGUAAGGAGCACGAAUUUAUUUGUUGUUUUGUAUUAUAUUUAUAGUUCUCUAGUUGUAUUUAUAUUCGAUUAAUAUAUUCUUAUAAGUUUUUCAUUUACGGUCAAGAUUGCUCCAUCCAAAAUGUCUUUGGCACGGCAACACUUAUACAUUUGUGUGAAUUUGUCCACAGAUUAUAAAUUUAACGUUCGUUUAUUCUAUCUUCGUAGUCUAUAGACAUCUGUAGUCAUUUUAAUGUGGUAUGUGACCCUCAAAAUUGCUAUUGUUCUGUUAUGUUGAAACAAAAAAUUGUUCAGGCCCGUAAAUCAGUCUCUGUCACAAUUGUCAAAUGCGUCAAACUUCCUACGUCAAAAGGUUUGACAACUGCUGAAGCUAGAUUUCGUCGUGUGACGUUUCAGUAUUACGGGCCUUCGUCCUUUGACGAAGUUAAGGGUUUUAUUGAUCGAAAAGUUAAAACAAGACAAAAACUCCAUGUUUUGUGUGUUAAGUGUUGCCUUGCAUAAUUAUUUGCUCAGUACUAUAUUUGUGUAUACUUGUUACCAUAGACGUGGCCAGGUACUAGAUAAGAUAAAAUUACGGCUUAUGGUGUACAAAAUAAGUUCCAUUUUAAGUAUUUUUUGUCUUUGGCCUAAUUUUUGUUAGUUUGUGUUAUUUGUAUUAAUAUUGGAUUUUGAACGUUGGAGCGACAAUUUAAGACUCACGUUCUUGAAAUUGUGAUCUUUAGACUAACUGGUUAACAGUUUAGGAAUAUGAGCUCAGAAUAAGUACCAAUAAUAAUGGAAAAUCGUAUUCAAAAGUGUUGCUAAUCUCACAGCGCAGCGUUAGCCUACCUUCAGCGUGCGAUUCUCAUCCCUGAGGUCGUAGGUUCGAUCUCCAGCUGUACAGCAAUGGUUUCUUUCUCUGUGCGCAUUUAACAUGCGCUCGAACGACGAAAGAAAAUAUCCUUGGGGAAAUGUUGCCUUUGACGCAAAAAGUCGCCAGUGUGUGUUAACCACAGAAGGCUUAUCACCUACUUGCCUAUUAGAUUGACAAUCGACCAUGAAACAGAUACAUAAAUCUGAGGCCCAGACCUAUAACGGCUGUAGCGCCUCUGAUUUAUUUUUCUCUGCCGUUCGAAAUCCAAUAUAACAUCGGUUACUUUAAACCAGCCAAUGAGGGCAAAGGAUAUUCAAGUAUCGAACUAUAUUGCUGUCUCACUCAUGAGAAGCGAAAUAUAUAUUAAUGAAUGAGACAGUUAUAUUGUUAUAACUGUUUAUAUUGUUUUAAGACGUAUGUUUUGGCCAGUUCUUUACAAUAAUAUAGGAUAAUAGAUUUUGUUAAUUUCUAACACAAUAUGUACUUAAUAGAAUAAUUCAAUAACAAACGCUUUAUUACGUUGCUACUGGUUCAAAUGGUCAAAGAUUUUCCUUUGACAUAUACCACAUAAAAUAUAGAGGAGUUGGAGAACGGUUUAUAAUAAAUAAAAACAUGGCAGGUUCAGUAAAUUAUCACUGUUCUGUGAGAUUGUGAGUCUGUCGUAUGCCUGGGUAAGUAGAAAGGAACGGGGAAUCCUUAAUUCCUUUACGUACGGUUUCAGGGACACGUGUCAGCCUCAUGUCUACUCAGGGGAAUGGGUAUUCGGCCCAUUAGUUUGGAAUAUGGAUGGAAAAUUCUUUUUAUGUCAAUGGAAAUCUGACCUUCAAAUAAUCAUAUAAUAGUUUCACACUUUGCCAGUUUUCACAAUAGCUAAGACGCUUACAGCCAGUUUGAGAAAUUGUAAAUCCACUUUUGAAUAUUAAAAUUGCCAAAGAAUUGACUUGACGGCCUAUCCACGAACGGAACAAAAUACUCCCUAAAUCUAGCUUAUGUACUGUUUUGUCUCCUUCUGUCACGUUGUGAUGAAAGGAGACAGAUGACAGAACGCUAAAGGCGAACAGUUUUUGUUAUUUUUAUAGAAAUAUAUGGAAAUAACUUUUUUAUUAUAAAUAAUAUAAUCAUUUUUUUUUAAUUUCUCAAUCAUACCGUAUUCUAAGUCACUCAAACUUCACUUUUCAGAGAUGUCAAAUCAUUUACAUUUGAAUUUGACAUAUUUUACAGUACUUAGUAAAUUGAUGCCUUUUGGAACACGAUAAUAUUCACAAAGAUUGAUCCCUUGAACUAAAUCUAAGUAAAGUUUUGUCACACUGUGUAUACGCUGUAAUGAAAAGAGACAGACGACUGAACGGUGUUUAUUAAACUUAAUUUGUAACGACAUUUCUAGAAAUAUAUGGAAAUAUCUUUCCUGUUUUAAUUUGUGUAAUUCCAUACUUUAAUCCAAUUUUUCAUAAAUAUCUCAAUCAUUAUAGUACUAUAAGUCACUCAAACUUCACUUUUCAGAGCUGUCAGAUAUUUGAAAUUGACAUUUGACAGUGCCCUCUACUUUUUUUUUUAAUAAAAACAAUUCCGAUCGUGUAUAGACCUUUUUGUGUAUGUGGACUUGCUUUUUCGUGUUAAUCUUAAGUAGUUUACGUUAAUUCCGAUAAUUUUCGAAAAGUUCGGUGCAUAGAGACAUGUAGUAUUGUAAAUUGAUUGUAAAAACGAUUAGUUAUAAAAAAGUUUAUAAGUGUAUUGUUGGCAAAAUCGAAAAUGACAGUGAAAAGUUAAAAUGAAUUUGUUAGACAUUAUAUAUUAGAGAUGUAUACAUGAGUUAUCAAUUAGUUUGAGAGUAAUAAAAAACAUUGUUACUAUUACAAUAUGAGAUUUAGAUAUAAUUUUGCAAUUUCAAAAUGUGUGUUUUACAAUUUUGAAAAGAAAAUAUUAAAUAUGCUCGUA